UUGAACAAAUAAUUUCCUUUUUCUUGUCCCUGCGAAUUAUAUACUUUCUUCCUAAAGCUUGAAUUAGCUUCUACGUUGUUUCUUUUCACCCGAUCCAAAAAUUCUUUACUUUUCUCUGAAUUCGGAGGCAUCCAGUUUGACAAAACAUGUCGGAAGUCGAAGACCGCACGGCCAAACAACACGUGGGGUCACCGCCUACCGGACCCACUGCCCCUCCCUUGGCCGUCCCCGACGUUGAGAACCAGCACACGGCCACGGGAUUUGGGGUGCCGGAGAUAUUACGGCGAUGGAAGAGAGAGGAUUUCGUAAAGAGAGGGUCGUUGGGUUUGAGAGCACUGGCUCUGUUGUUUUCUUUGCUCGCUUUUAUCAUCAUGGCCAGCAACAAGCACGGCGAUUGGGAACAAUUCGACAAAUACGAAGAGUACAGGUACGUGCUGGCAAUAGCAAUUCUGUCGACCUUGUACGCCGGCGGCCAAGCUCUGAGACAAGUUCAUGAACUCUGGACCGGAAACCGUUUGUUUCAAGACCGUCACUCUGCCUUGCUCGACUUCUUUGGAGAUCAGAUUAUGGCGUAUCUUUUGAUAUCAUCAGCAUCUGCGGCAGUUCCCUUGACAAAUAAUAUGAGAAAGGGAGCAGACAACAUUUUUACAGACACUUCAGCAGCAGCCAUCAGCAUGUCUUUCUUUGCCUUCUUCGCGCUGGCGUUGUCUGCAAUGAUUUCAGGAUACAAACUAUCAACUCAAUCUUAUAUUUGAGGUGGAGGCUUUUCUUUUUUCUUUGUUUUUGUCCGCCAAUCAUUCUUUAUGUCGUAUGAUUCAAAUUGUUGUUUGCUGAUCACUAUACUGUGUGUACAUUUAUGUCUUGAAAGGGGUUGGGCAUCACAGGCCUUCACUGGUUGUUGAGUGGCAUAAGCCAUUAGUUGUAUAUGUUCAUACGUGAGAUGUAUUUAAACUCUGUAUAUGAAUUACAUUUGGUCAUGCUUUAUAUUC